AUGGCCCUCGACCUGCGCGACGCGCGGGGCCCUGGCCGGCGCGGCCGCCCCGACCCGCUGGAGGGCAGCCCGGCGGCGACCGCCGCGGCGGGGAGCGACGACGAGGCCGACGCCGCGGAGGGGGCCCGGCGCGUCCGCCGCCGCCUCGCCCCGGGCGACGCCGGGGAUCCAGGGGACGAGGGCCCCCCGGAGCCGAGCCCCUCCGCCUCGGACGAGGACGAGGACAUGCCCGAGUCGUAUUACGACCUGACGCACGAGCGCCUCUCCGAGGGCGCCGACCCCGUCGACAGACGGCUGGAGGAGAAGAUCCGCCGGAACUUCCGGCAGUUCCUGCUGAGGUUUGUGCCCGAGGGCCAGUCGGAGCCCAAGUACCCGGACAUGCUGCAGCAGAUGGCGGAGGAGCACCAGCGGCACCUGGAUGUCAACUUCCAGCACCUGCAGAAGUGGAGCCCCUCGCUCGCGCUGUGGAUCUCGGACAGCCCGGUGCGCAUCCUGCCGAUCCUGAACGAGACUCUUAUGGGCGAGGCGGAGCGGAAGUUCCAGACGUACAAGCUGCUGCGCGACACCGACGAGAACGAGCUCCGGGUGGCGAUCCACUCCUUCCCCGUCCGCGAGCCGAUCCGGGAGCUGAACUCGAGGCACUUGAACAAGCUGGUGCUCGUCCACGGCGUCGCAACCAAGCGAAGCGGCGUAUUCAACCAGAUCAAGCGCCUGUACCUGCGCUGCGCCAAGUGCAGCUUCGCCUGCGGUCCGUUCGACGUCGCCGAGGAGAAGGACCUGAAGCCAGGGGCUUGCCUCGAGUGUCAGUCGAGAGGGCCCUGGAUCGUCGACCGUUCGAAGACGCUGUACCGCAACUUCCAGAAGAUCACGCUGCAGGAGAGCCCCAGCAGCGUCGAGCCAGGGAAGAUGCCCCGCUCGAAGGACGUGAUCCUGACUGGCGACCAAGUGGACACCGUCCGACCCGGCGACGACCUCCAGGUGACGGGCAUCUAUCGCUGCCUGCACGAUGCGGCUACGAACGCUCGCACCUGCUUCCCCGUGUUCCGCACGGAGAUCCAGUCCGUGAACGUGCACCGCAAGGGAGACACCAAGAUAUUCCAGAUCACUGACGAGCAGACACAGCAGAUCCUCGAGCUGGCCAAGAGCCCGAACGUCCGCGAGCGCAUCAUCGCCUCCAUCGCGCCGUCCAUCUUCGGGAUGCGUCACGUUAAGACGGCCAUCGCCAUGGCGAUGAUGGGCGGCUGCCGGAAGGAGUGCGCCGGGAAGCACCGCAUCCGCGGCGACAUCAACGUCCUGAUCGUGGGCGACCCGGGCCUGGCCAAGUCGCAGUUCCUCAAGUACGUGGAGCAAACCUUCCCCCGGGCCGUCUACACCACCGGGAAGGGCGCGAGUGCCGUGGGUCUCACGGCUGCGGUGACGAAGGACGAGCGCGGCGAGUGGUGCCUGGAGGGCGGCGCGAUGGUGCUCGCCGACGACGGCAUCUGCCUCAUCUCGAAGAAGAAAAACAGCGGCAUAAGCAUAAGCUUCCGGAUCGGCGGCGAAAUCCGAACGCUGCCCUCGCCGAUUAACGAAUCAGGCAGCUCGAUGGGCGGCGGGCGUGGGGUUCUGAACUCGUCGAGCACGCGGCGAAAUCCGAACCCCUACCCCUGCCUCCCAUCGAUACAGGAGAAUCGAUGA